AUGGCGAUCGGCAUUUCCGACAGCCCGGCCUACGUCAGCAUGACGAUGGACCCUCCGUUCCGGCUGUUUGGCGAAGAACACCACUUCCCCUCGCCGUUGGGAAUCGAUUAUUUCGAUGGGUCGAUGCCAAAGAUGAGCACAGCCCACCUGACGUUGCCACCCAUGGCUUUUCAGCUGGAGGCAGUACCCGCUUCCUGCGCACCCGGGGGAAUUGUCCAAGAUGAGGGGAAGAAGGCAAACAACGGAACGAAAGACCUGCUCAAGAGGCAGCUGCAGAAGACCCAGCUAUGUACGUUUUGGAAGAGGAAUUGCUGCGCCAGGGGAACAUCUUGCACCUUUGCCCACAGCGUGGAGGAGCUGAAAGAGCUGCCAGACCUUCGACGAACUUCUCUGUGCAAGCAGUGGUUGAAGGGACGCUGUCCUCAAUCUGCAGAGAGCUGCAGGUACGCGCAUGGUGAAGCAUACCUACGUCGCACCUUCGAGGAGGCCUCCAAAAGGCGGGGGCCUCGCAGCCGGCGCGACGCCUCUCGGCAAGAUGACGUGAUGCUCGCAAUGCCGCCAGGUAUUUCUGUGGACCAAAGCUAUGGAUUGGUAGACAUGGGGGCUUCUUACCAGUUCCAACUAUGA